AAGCUACGCCGUGCAAAUGCCAUGUCCCUCUUCCAUUUAAGCAUGUCACCGUUAAAGAACCACGAGGAAUGGGCCAAGGUCUUGUUUUGUUCGAGACUUGAUGGUCCUGUAGGUACACAUUGACAUAAUUACUUUGCAGAGGUGAUCUCACUUUGGCGUCACUAUUAACGCGCCAGGUAGUGUUAUAUAUCCCUUCUACGCGCCCAACAACCCGCCUACGUCGAAAAACGCUCCGUAGGGACAGUCCCCCUUCGCAAUUGACCGCCGUAUAUGUUGGAUUUCUAUAUCAUACCCUUCGAUUGUGGAUAAUGGAUACGACACGGGUCGCGUUAUCAUGGGUCCCAGCAGAAGCUCCAUCCAGCCAACUCACCGCACAGCUGGAGCAAUCCCAGGCCCAAACCACCGAUCUAAACAUCACCACCCCCAAAGAACAUACCGCUUUGCUAGAGAACGAUGCCACGACAAAACAGCCGGCACCUUCCGAAGCAGCUAUUGAAUUUCCGUCCCGUUCGUGCACGCCGCUGCCAUCACGACCCUCUAAUUCUAGUAAGGAUGACGCUUCUUCCGUCGGGACUCCGGCAACUCCGCAGAGGAAAGAUAACCCAGCACACGGCCUUUCCCUUAAUUUACCCCCGAGACUCUUUUCUAGUCCUUUCAGUCGCGGCCCAGCCUCCCCAAAGCUCGAUUCGGCCCAUAUUUACACUUCGCCUUCCUCCGUGUUGCCGCGACGAUCGAGGGGGCUGGAUUUCUCCCGGGCUUCGACAAAUCUACACCACUCAACAUUAGCCGAAGCAUCCCCAGAUUCUUCUCCAGUUGUGAGUGGUAGAGGUGUGACAAUUCCCCAGCGCCGUGCAGGGAAUAAUGGUGGCUUUGCCUCCCCGAACAACUCCCACAACUACACCUGGUCAGCUUCCGGGCAUGGUGACAGGAACAUGAUAUCUAGCUCUGUGAGUAGCAUAAAUAUGAUGGACUCAGAUUCCUCAAGUUGCAGCGAUGAGGAGGAUGAUGGGUCCCUCCUUGCACUGGAACGGGGAGAACCCACCAUCUCCACUCCCCAGCCUUCCAGGUCUACGCAUAAUCUAUCGGGCGCACCUUUUCCGAAUGUGGCUCAGAGCCCAGCGACAGACUGGAUACAUAAUCUACCCAGUACGAAGCCCAGUCUUAUGAGCUUCCAGCGGGCACGAUAUCGAGGUCGGACGAGACAUAGCUCAACCAGCACAAGCGGCACUAGCUCUAGGCCUAGCCCAGGGCCAAGGUCCCCGCCUGUGAUAAAGAGCAUCGAAACGUUCCCGUCGGGGUAUUUUUCUAAGGAAGCUAUUAUUGCUGAUGUCAAGUCACGUCGGGAAAGCUUGAGUCUCGGGACAAACGACCUGCGCUUAUCAGAUAUGAGCGAUGAUGGCGAAACCAAGCAGGGAGUAAGUAGCUCAUCUAGUGGCUCUAUUGCCGGAGGUUCCAAUCCGGAGUUGGCCCGACGCGGAGUAAUACGCCGAGCAGUAACCAGACGGGGGAACCUAUUGCCGAAAACCAAAAAUUUUGCUCGAAUAAAGGCAACUCUGAUGGAAGAAGGCGCUCCAAUUGAGAGCGAAGCAAAGCAAGAGGCCGAAGUUAUUAGACAGGUGCGGGAGAGUGACACCUCAGUGCCUUCUCUAUCACCCUCUUUAAUUAAUUCGGCGUUGCCAUUGGAUUCCUGUGAAAAUCAGCCAGAUACCACCAUAACCCAUAAUCAACCGAAGGCUGAUUUUAACCAACAAGCUUCUGAAAACUCUGGAGGGGUACAGUUUUGGAAUUCAUUUGACGACCGCUAUCAAACGCCGCCCCCUUCUAUCUACAAAACAAAGGAUUCUGUCGGAGAUACGGUGAUGCAAACUCCACCGGGCCAUCCAACACCUUCGUUUGUACAACCACGCCCAUUCGGCCCCCAAGCCGUAUUGUCUCAAGCGGCUACAGAUCUUUCGCAAAGACUGAGCAAGCGGCGUCGAGUUGAUGACCUCGACCUUGACCUCGCUUCCUUUAAGCGUCGUGCGGUCUCUCCAGGCACCAGUACUCAGAGCAGCCCAAGUCAAUCUCAAGCGUUUUCAUUUCCAGAGAGCAGUCAGUCAGGUCAUCUGUCCAAAGCCAAAAUUUGUCCAACGUCGACCCAGAGCACAAGUAGCGGACAUUCACAGACUGUCAAGCGAGUCGGUUUGCAGGGUAUGAGUGAAGCGAACGAGGGAUUCAUGAACAUGACCAUUGAUUAGGUUGGAGUAGGAGGACUUGUUACUAACAGUAAGCGGAGUGCGACAAUUUUUUCUCGCUGUAUCUCGAUUCCUACGGAUUACUAUUAUUUGUGGGUUCAUCUUUUGGAGUUAUUGGCAAUCUUAGGGGACUAAACUAAGGAGUUAUUAUCCCUACUAUCACUAUUACUAUUU